AUGGCUGGUCAUAAGCAUGCUUUUCUUAUGUGGCUGGUUAUUCGUCGUAAGCUCUUGACGCAAGACAAGAUCCUACAAUGGGAUUUUUCGAGAAGAAAGAAUAUGAACAUGAUUUGCUGUCUCCUUUGCUAUGCUAAUAUCGAUUCACAUGACCAUCUAUUCUUUGAUUGUUCUUAUUCGCAACGGGUAUGGAAUUCGGUUCGUAGUAAAGGUGGUAUGCCUAAUGUUAGUUCAGAUUGGAGCUCUAUUAUUGACUGGAUGGUUCAUAGGUCCCGGUCUAAGUCUGCGUCCGUCUAUAUUAGCAGAUUAGUCCUGGCAGCAACUACCUAUUUUAUUUGGCAAGAGAGGAAUGCAAGACUUUUCAAGAACCAGACAAGACCGCCUGAGGCCUUAUGUGACGUGAUUCUUGAUACGGUUCGUUAUAAACUUAUGGGAGCUAAGCUGAAGAAUACAUUGAGAGUUAAGGAGCUGCUUCGAGCAUGGGAGAUAUAUGAUACACGGGUAUUUGAUGAUGGCAGCUGA